AUAAGUGCCUUAUAGAAUUAUUAUUACAACACUUGUCCAAUAUGUGAACUUCAUUUACAGAUAUUGAAAAUCCGUUUAAUGAAAAACUGUCUACCAUAGUGUGGAUGUUUUUAAUAAUAACAAUAAUAAUAUGUUUUAUUUAUGUAGCGCCUUUCAUACACUCAAGGACACUUUACAAUUCAAUCAACACAUUAACAAGACAAUCAUAAUUACAUACCAGAAAAGGAAUAGCAGUCAUUGAAGAGAUGUGUUUUCAACAGGAGUUUGAAAUGAGUGAUAGAUUUUUCCUAGCGAAGGCUGAGAGGAAGAGCAUUCCAAAUUUUAUGGGCUCUCACACUGAAGGUACAUGAGGUACAGUGAGUAAGUUAGCGUCCGAUGGUGUUAAUGCACGGGCAGGAGUGUAAGGAAGCAGCAGCUCAGACAAAUAAUGAGAGGCUAAACCACGAAGGGCUUUAAAGGUGAGAAGAAUCAUUUUAUAUUUGAUUCUUGAAAAGACUUUUAACUAAUGAAGUAGUACUAGGGUGCUGUACCGUGUUAGCCAUUUUGCUUGGCUUUUCUCUACAACUAAUGAAGUUAAACCAUCGGGGAUAGAGUCACAAACCAUUUCUUAUUGACGAAAUAUUACCAAAUGUUAAACAAAAGUCAGAAUAGGUAAUCAUAUGAUUAUUAUCAAUUAACUGGUAAACCGAUCAUAUUUUGUUUAUAAACCAUUUAUCUAAGAAUAAUGAACUGUCAUUACACUCUGUUGACUUCUUCGGGCUUCUUCCUUUAACUACAAAGUGGGCGUGGUCAAGGAAACCAGAGUAGGCGUUAAUGGGGCGGGGCCUGAGUGCGAACAGGCGCCGAUAGUCGAACACGGCCAUGCUGCUUGAUGGAUUGAGAAGGCUCUGGCUGCGGGUUGUACGCUCGGCCUUCCACAGUCUGCAGAAAGAGAAGAAGGAGAAAACGAAAAGGAGCUAUAAACGUUUUAUUACAAGGAACGAUGGCGCAACAGAAUCAGCCACAUUUCUCCAUAUACGCAGAGAAUAUAAAACCAACAUUGAUUAAAUAUCAAAAUGAGUACAAGUGCCCUGUCUGCAAAAAGCAGGGAGACUACAGUAUCAUGGUGCCUCACCUUCAGAGCCAUGAUCCCCACGUUGUAAAGUAUGCAGGUUUUACUAUCUACAGAUGCAACACAGGGUGUGUCACAAGUGGCCAUUUCCAUUGUUGUUUUUGUUUUAAAACCCUUGUCAAAAGGCGUGGCUUUCUAACACACUUACAAAAAUGUCAGAAAUUGGUCAUGCCCACCGGAGAGAAUAUCCCCGCUGUGCCCGCCAGAGAGACCGUCCCAUCAGUGCCAGCCAGAAAGUCUGUCCCCGCUUCGCCCGCCAGAGAAACCAACCCCGUUUCACCCGCCGGAGAGACCGACCCCACUUCCUCCGCCGGAGAGACCGACCCCACUUCCUCCGCCGGAGAGACCGACCCCGCUUCGCCCGGCGGAGAGACCGACCCCGCUUCGCCCGGCGGAGAGACCGACCCCGCUUCGCCCGGCGGAGAGACCGACCCCGCUUCGCCCUGCGGAGAGACCGACCCCGCUUCGCCCGCCGGGGAGACCGGCCCCGCUUCGCCCGCCGGAGAGACCGACCCUGCUUCGCCUGCUGGAGAAACUGGCCACAAUGUUUCUCCCAAAGAGACUGUGCCCUUCCUGUCCGCAAUCAGUGCCUCUUCAUCAGUGUCUGUCACUACUUUAAGGGGAUCACAAAUUCUCCAAUUUUCAAAAAGGAAGAAGACAUUUUGUUGCUUUUGUAAUUUGAGGUUGUACAAAAAAAAUCUCAAGUUACAUAUAAAAAGAAGACACUCUUCAACAAACGUUGAGAAAAACAAAUCUAACAGGCUUCCUUCAGUUUGUAUCGAUUCCAGAAGGGGCAUUUUUGCAGUGGCAAAAACUUCCACUGGGCCAAGAUACCCCAUUCAUGUUCAAAAGUGCACAUGGGGAGCUAAACAUGUUGUGAUCUGCGAGUUAGUGAAAUGCAAACAAGCAUCAGAAGUUUCUCAAAGGAGUGGGUUAAUGGGAUUUGAAUGCUGCCAUCUGAGGUCUUUGGCCUUCUCUCCAGUUCCUCCUACGUCAGAUGUUACACUACAGGAGGAAGUAUUAACUAGAAUGGUACAAACAAAAUGGUUUGGUAAGGAGACAAUGAAAGCCUGUUUGCAUCAUAAACAGAUGGCAGAAACCCAGCAGACACCAUUAAGUAAAGAGAUUUCCCUUGGAGAAGAAAAGUCACAAAUCUAUCUCUCGGUUUUUGAACCGCAUAUAUCAUUCAGGUCUCUUUUGGGGAGAGUGAUGGUCCAUUAUAACAAGAACCUGAAUACCUGGCGCUGUGCCUCUUGCAAGCCUGUCUCUUCCUGUAUACACAUGGCUAUAUCGAAAUGGCAUUUAUUUCAAAUGCGCCCUGAACACUUUCAGAAAGUUAAGACAAGAGGAAAUGAUGCGUUUGAUCCCGUUGCCCAAGCAAAUGCUUUUCUAAAUGACGGCCGGGAACCUAACAAAAAUUUAGAAGAAGAAACAUCAGCCUCCAUUCUCAAGUAUCCAGCACAGGGCAUUGAUGAGCAGCAACACGAAAUCCUUCUGCAUCUUAUAGAGGGGGAGACGUGGUGAGCCGAGCAUAUAUCUGUGUACAGGGGGCAAGUGUCGCUCCCCUCGUUACUGUCAAUGGACAAAGACGACAUGGAGGAGGCCCUUCAGAAAUCUGAUAUCUGCAUUUUCAGAAGAGAGGAUGGGGUCUUGAACCCUUCACCUUCCUCUUUUCACAUAUGGAAGAUGUGCAUCUGUUUUUAGAUCACAUGAAAGGAAAAAGAACAACGACGUGUGUUGUGUGAGAAAAUCUAAUAAACAUACUUGUUCCUCAUUGUUCUGUUGCAACCUACAAUUCUAGUUCUAUAUUUAAUAUAUUGUUUUAACGUUUUUGUACUAAAUGUUGCAAGCCAACUUCAUCUUUAUGAUC